AUGAACCUAUGUAGUAUAUCAAUCUAUUUAUUGAUUUGUAUUUACCUACGGCAUGGCAAAGAGACUGCAGUAUUUGCAGACGAUGCCCAAGCCGGUACUGUUGCUACAUCAGGUGAUUCUGUCCCGAAAUCAGGGGCAAAUCAAACAGGUUCGAGUCCCGAAGGAUCUGUAAGCCAACAAGGUUCUACUACGCAGAGUUCAAACCCAAGUGAUCCUCCUAAUGUAGUUCUUGUACCAUUAGAUAUAGACAGCAAUACAUCUUCCGAUCAAUUUACGUUUGAACAAAGCGGAAAUGAUCGUACAUAUACGGUUAAGGAUAACUAUCUGAUUAAUGAGUUGCGUAAGGGUACGGGUGUAAUACAUACUUUUGAAAGCCCCAAGUAUCCUUACAAGGUGACGAUCACGAAAAACAACGAUAAGGAAGAUUUACGUAUUUUGUUUCCCACCUCUGGUCUUACAGAAGCCUCAGAUGCGGAAAUUGAAGACCCUGGAAAACCCGCUCAAACACAUACCGCAAGUCCGACUAUGUCGGCACCGGUUCCACAAGCUCGAACACAACAGGCUCAAGUCACACAACCACAGCCAUCUCAACCUACACAAUCUCAAUCUACAGUUUUAACACCCGCACGUCGUUUAGCAGUUUCAUCAUUCACAGAGCCAGGUAAAGCUCUCGCGCAAGACCACCUGGGACAAUCGCAUCAAAACUUCGCAGCCAACCUGCACUUCUCAACCAUUACUAAUAACGAUGUCAAACAGGACGAUACGACUCAAUAUCAAGUGUUUAUCGGACAGGACGGUUAUAUUUAUGGUUUUAAAGAUGAAGCAAGGUGUGUGGAAGUGAAACACGGGACCGCCACCCUUUGGAGAAUUGGUGAGCCAGCUGAUUUCCCAAAUAGAGUGGAGUUCAGUAUUGGCGAGCCACCGCAUGUUAUUAUCGCAUCCAAAAAUCAGAAUUAUACGUAUAGACUUAUUAACGGCCGAUGGCUCUUGGGGUCGCACUUCACCAAUACCCAGAGUAUGUUGGACAUUUCUAAGAUCACUAUUCAUAUGGGAACGGACGCAAGUUGCGCACAAGUGGUCAUUGACGAAAAUAAAUACACGAUUAAAACAUUCGAUGAACUCAACAUUUUCUUCUACGACUUCAUGCCCAACGUAUUUUGCGCCGCUGUUAUUUAUGAUAAUCAGUACUUGUGGAAGUACGAUGCAAACUUCGGUAACAAUUAUCCAAAAAGAAUAUAUUUUCACAAGGACGUCAUGACUGUGGUCGUAGAUUUCGCAGCAUUUUAUUUAGUCUACAAGUUCGAUCAGGCUUGGAAAUUUGACUCUAAAGUCGAUAAGAACGAGUUCAAAGAAGACCAGAUUGAGAUUGUCACCAUUGAGAGUAUGAAUAACUCGCAGGUAAUAAACGACUUCACGCAGUAUAGAGUGAUUGAGCACUACUACUUGCGCCAGUUCAAGUUUCGCUCAAUUGCUAAGUGUGUUAGCCUGAGGUACAUGCAGAAGGAAGUGUGGGCCCGCAACAUUGACUUUGGAAAUUAUUACCCAAAAUCCAUUGUCUAUAACAUCAAUACAGGCAACUUCUUCGUUGACUUUGACGCGAACUGGUACUACGUGUAUGUGUUUGAUAAAGAGUCUGACAAAUGGUACCCAGUCCACAAGGACGAAUCAAAAAAGCCUGCAGAGUUGCCCGAAGUGGCGGUUGGUAUUGAACCACCACAGCAAGCAAACCAAUCUCAGAACGCGAACCCGAAUACAAGAGUUAGUGACCAGGAAGGCGACGACAUUGACGUAAGAGAUAUGAGAUCAGGGUCCAUGGGCUCGGAUCCAGCAGAGGGAGCGCGCGCAGGAAGAAGUGGAAGCCACGGGUCAAUCGGUCGAGGAGUGAGCGUACAAGAGGCAUCAGUCCCAAGGAAGAAGGCUGAAAGCUCAGACAUAGAAGUGCACGAAGUCAGAGCAGGAGCUGCCGACUCUGACGCUUCGGAUCUGGAGUUCGUUAGAAAGGAAGCACAAAAGGGGCGCCCUGCCGACGUGAACAUUCCCACAGUCAAGGGUACAAAAAGGUUAAACACGUCGGACAUUGAAGUCCAGGAAGUCAGGAUGGGCGGACACACCUCCCUGGGAUCAGACAUGGUCGUAGAGGAGGUGAGAGUGGGAAGGAAGCGAAACUACGACUCUGACGUAAUCGUGGAGGAAGUGAGGCACGGCCAGUACGACUCGGACGAGUCUGACAUCGAUGUGAUGGAGAUUAGGAGAGGCCAGAAAGACUCCGACGACUCAGACUUUCAAAUUGAUGACAGAGGAGGUCACUCUGCCCGCGGAAUGUCGAACGUCAGAGAAGUGCGUCACGGAGACUACGACUCCUACUCAUCGGGCAUGGAGGUGAGAGAAGUGAGGCACGGCGAGUACGACUCAGACGCAUCCGAGUUUGACGUCAGAGAGGUCAGACGUGGAGCAUACGACUCGGACGCAUCACAGUUUGACGUUGAGGAGGUCCGUUAUGGCUCCAACACGGACUCCUCAGGGAUGAGGGUGCGUGAAGUGAGACACGGAGACUUCGACUCCGACGCUUCGGAGGCGCACUUCAAGACACGAGGACCUCAAGGUCAUCAAUACGCUCAUGGAGGUCACGGUCAUCACUACACUCAUGGAGGACUUCAUGAUGCUCGCGGUCACAGAUUCCAGCAUCAUCACCACCGUCACCGAGAUCAAUAUUACGAUCCAGGUCAGUUCCAUCAUCCAACCUACGGAAGCCCCUACGACUACCACACCCACAACCUGCACCAGCAAUACCAGACCUACGCGCAGAGGAGAAUGCCAGGCCAACGUUACGUCCCUGACGGUUACGGUCACUCCUCUCACGGACAAUACGACUCAUACGACUUUGGUACUCGCGGCAACAAUUUGGUACAUGUUGACGUCAUGUAUAAGCGCAGCAACAGAUUCGUUGCAUACAUAUACGACCGCCACAGUCACUGUGACAUUUUCACAAGCAGGCCGCCCUACCUCUUCUCAUCGGUUCUGCUGGGAGGUCAACUAAAGUGGCAAGCACAAAGAGGUCGCUACCCCAACAGGGUAGUGGUGCAAACAGAUAGGUACGGACAGUCGAGGUUCAGAGUCUUCUUCCCCAAGGAGGAACAAACAUCGCAUUAUAAGCGUAUGCAAGCAUACGAUGAAUCAACUGUAGAUUCCGAAACGGAACACCGAAGAUUUAGAGGUCCACACACACACACACAACAUCAUCGCUAUUACAACCGUGCGGAGAGACACGUGCCCGCACACAAUUACUACGAAAUGCCCACAGACGCGUACAAACAGUUCGGGUCUCGCGCCUCGCCAAUGUAUAGUCACAAGGAACCACAAUCUUUCAGUGAGUCGGAGCAGUUCAUGGGCCGUCACCCGUCGUCGAGACACUACGACCCAUCCGCACCCUUCCAAAUCCAGUACGAGUACGACCACGGUAAAGUUGUAGGAGUCCUCUGCAACGGGUACACAAUCUGGAGAAGACAAAGGCACGAUCCAUAUCCACAGUCAACGAAAUGCAUAUCGGACAUUCUGAUGAUUGCAAUCAUUUUCAACAAGUUCCACUUCCACAUUUACAAGUACAACGGAACCAGGUGGAACAGGAUACGUGCAUCGGUUGAGAGAAUUAUUGAGCUUGACAUCAGCAAGAAGUCGUCAUCGGAAAAUUACUACUACGCAAGCAAGAACCAUGUUGAUACGUACAUUGCAGUCGAAAAAUACCUGUUCAACAAAGUGAAGCUCUCGUACCUGCAGGGCUACCACACCCUGUCAACUGACAUUUGGACGACAGAUGUGCCCACAGAGUACGCGGACAAGAUCAUUGUCAACCGCUUCGGAAGACUGUCGACCAGAACCGAAGUGACGAUCCAUUUCAUCAAUGGGUGCGAAGUGACAUACCUGAGCGCUGGCCUCAUGAAGACCUUCUACAGGUACAGGUGGUCAGAAACAGCGUCCAAGAUUUCGGACGACAUUCAAAUCAUGACUCUGGACGACCAUGGAGGGUACGAAAUAAACAACGUGACCAAGUUUGACAUUUACGCCCACUGGAGGGUCGACAAACCCGAAUCAGCGAUGAAGGGAAUAUACAAGUACGAAGUCGUCUUCUACCAGCACGCGCGAUGCGUGAAGGUGCGAAUGCGAAACAGGAAGAUCUUUAAGACGAACCCCAACCUGUCAGGAAACUUCCCGACCAAAAUCACGUUCAACCUGGAGACGAACAAGUACUACUUUGAGUUCUCCGACGACGUCUACAACUAUGUGUUCGAAGAAAAAAUUCCUUCAUAUUUAGCAAAAUUGACAUAUACAUGUCACCCAUGUAGUGCCCAUAUUAAACCAGAGUACACAGUUGUAAAGGACGUCAAUGGCUUUUUAUUAAAUAUAAACGCAUAUAAAGUCAAUCAUUAUAAAAUAUUUGUACGAGGCGUACCCCACAAUCAAAUGACCUGCUCACAGAACAGGCUCACCUUAAUAUUUAAUCAGUCAUUUGAACAUUGCAUAUUUAUUUAA